AUGGGCACCUUACUGCUCGGCUUGCGGGGGCGCCACCUCUGCCUGACGCGUAUCCGGCGGCUGCUGGUCCGGAGUAAAGUUACACAGAGCAGCCUGGGGCAGACUCUGCUGUGCAGAAGGAUAACCCCGGCCUGUCAGGGAAUACCGAACUUCUUCCUGAAGCCGCAUAUCAUCAGAGAUCCCGUUCAGCUAUGGAGGCUGCUAGGGGGAAUUCAUUAUUUCCAUAACACUGAAUCCAGGCGGCAAGACAACAAAAGUGACGAUUCAAAUCGGAGACGGCCACCUGACGAUGACGAUGGCAAGAAUAAUAAAAGUGCAGCGGUCAGCUUAUUUCGGCAAUUUCUUGGCAUCGUUUUGAUGGGUAUACUGAUCAAGUUCCUGACUGGGAUGAACCAAAAUGUAGAAGUCUCCUGGAACGACUUUGUAAAUGAAAUGCUAGCCAAGGGUGAGGUAGUACGGUUGGAUGUCGAUCCGGAGAAGGACUGUGUAUAUGUAUAUCUAUAUGAUACAGACGCUGUAAAUGGCCAGAGGACCAUGUACAGAAUGCACAGAAUGAAAGUUGCCAAUAUAGACCGGCUUGAGGAAAAGCUGCGUGCUGCAGAAGACGCUUUAAACAUUUCUCCGAUGGAUCGGAUCCCUGUUACAUACCGGCGCAUUGGCUUCUAUGACAAGCUCUGGUAUUCCAUCAUCCUAGCUUUCUUUUUUGUUUUCUUGUUAAUUGUUAUUUUGCGGGCAACUGGACUGACAGGCCGCCAAGGAGCUUUCAGCGCUUUUAACCAGCUAAAGAUGGCUCGUUUCACCAUUGUAGAUGGAGCUUCUGGGAAAGGAAUCAGCUUUAAAGACGUUGCUGGGAUGCAUGAGGCUAAGAUGGAAGUGAAGGAAUUUGUGGAUUAUUUGAAGAAUCCAGCGCGAUACCUACACUUGGGGGCUAAAGUGCCUAAAGGUUCACUACUUCUUGGGCCACCAGGAUGUGGUAAAACUUUGCUCGCUAAGGCCGUAGCGACAGAAGCACAGGUGCCCUUCCUAGCAAUAGCGGGCUCAGAAUUUGUGGAGGUGAUUGGAGGCCUAGGUGCAGCCCGUAUGCGCAGCCUCUUCAAAGAAGCUCGAUCCCGAGCUCCCUGCAUUGUUUACAUUGAUGAGAUUGAUGCAGUAGGAAAGAAAAGGUCCACAAACAUGGCUACUUUCUCCAACACCGAGGAGGAACAAACCUUGAACCAGCUGCUGGUAGAGAUGGAUGGUAUGGGUACCACUGAUCAUGUGAUAGUGCUCGCCUCCACCAACAGGGCUGACGUCCUGGACAACGCAUUGAUGCGGCCGGGAAGACUGGACAGACAUAUCUUCAUCGAUCUCCCCACAUUACAGGAGAGAAGAGAGAUUUUUGAGCAGCACCUAAAGGGCCUGAAGCUGACACAGCCUGGGAACUUUUACUCCCAGCGUCUGGCAGAACUUACGCCUGGAUUCAGUGGAGCAGAUAUUGCUAAUAUUUGUAACGAGGCGGCUCUCCAUGCUGCUCGAGAAGGCCAUCUAUCAGUACACACCUCCAACUUCGAGUAUGCUGUGGAGCGAGUGAUCGCAGGUACUGUCAAGAAAAGCAAGAUCAUGUCAAAGGAGGAGAGGCGUGUGGUGGCGUAUCAUGAGUCUGGACAUGCCCUGGUAGGGUGGUUGCUAGAAAACACUGAAGCAGUGAUGAAGGUUUCUAUCGCUCCAAGAACCAAUGCAGCACUGGGGUUUGCUCAGAUCUUGCCGAGGGAACAGUAUCUGUUCACCAAGGAACAGUUGUGUGAGCGGAUGUGUAUGGCACUAGGCGGCAGAGUAGCCGAGGUCAUCACCUUCAACAAGGCCACAACCGGAGCUCAAGAUGACCUGAGGAAGGUGACUAAGGUGGCUUAUGACAUGGUGAAACAUUACGGCAUGGUGGCCAGCAUCGGACAAGUGUCAUUUCCAGAUGGUGAGAAAACCGGCAUCGGGAGACGACCAUUCAGCCAGGGGCUUCAGGAAAUGAUGGAUUAUGAAGCUCAGCAGCUGGUGGCCUCGGCUUACAAGAGCACAGAGAAACUACUGCUGGCUAACAAGGACAAAUUACAGCUGUUGGCCGAUGCCCUACUGGAGCGUGAAGUUAUUAAUUACAGCGACAUCGAAGAGCUGAUCGGUCCUCCUCCACAUGGACCUAAGAAAAUUAUCGCGCCACAGAGCUGGAUUGAGGCCGAGAAGGACAAACAAGACACUGGAGAGGAGGAGCCGCGCAGGCCACCACCUCCAAAAGACCUGGAAAAUGACACAAACCUAAGCCCAGUGUGAGAGCUGCGAGGAGGAACCCGGCUUCAUACAAUGUACUGACCAUGUGAUCAGAGUCCACCAAUAAUGGCUGAUGCCACAGUAGACUGCUGAU